GCUACGAGCUGCCUCCUCGUGGUCUCGUACCUCCUCGGAGUCCUCGACGUUGCCUAACAUUUUGACGAGAUUCUGGCUCACCAUCGCACAUGACAACGGACCGUGAACCUGGUCCUGCGGCUGAAGACACCCUUGAGGGUGUCAAUACGGACUCAGACCGCAAGCGGCAUAAGACUAUCAACGAUCUACCUCCGGAUGUCCUCUUGGUGAUCUUUCGUGAGCUUCUCCUCGGUGUCCGGAGACGGAGGUUCUGGUCGUAUCCUCUCGGUCGGGUGGGCUGGAAUGACAGAUACCUGGAACCUUGGCCGUCCUACGACAGCUCUAUGCGAAAGCACCCGUUUCCAGAGUCGGUCGCCUCCGUCUGUCGCUACUGGCGAGAGGUCAUGUCGACCGUGUCCUUCUUCUGGACACGCUUGGUCAUCUGGGUAGGCAAGGAGCCCACACCACUCUCAACCAUACGCGACUACCUUGCUUGGUCUCAGGAUGGGCUCCUCGACAUCUACAUUCUAAGUAAGACUAAUUCACCUGACGAGCGGGACCCUACGGAAAAGACGCAGGUGAAAGCUGUCAUGGAGACGCUUGCUCCUCACAUGAACCGUUGGAAGAAUCUCUACGUCGAGCUUCUCCAAUCCAGCUCACUCCCGCUCCCUCGCAUCGAUAUCGUUGGCAGCGCGAUCAAACUCGUCAAGCUCGAGCUACAUUACGCCAUCGACGACUCGGUCGCGAGCACGGAAGCAGCCUCGCCGGUGAUCGGCGAGUUCCACACACCCGUGCUGGACGAGCUCAGCAUGGGUGGUCUGCAAUUUCGCGAGUCGUACGUGAAGCCAUUCCCGCAAUACGAGAUGCCGCCCGAGCUCUGCUAUGCCAGCAUUGUAGGGUACGACGACUCGCACCAUCCGCCGUUCCCGAUGAUCGACCUCCUCGCAUGUCUCACAAGCUGCAAGAAGCUGCACCGAGUCGAGCUCGCAAACCUCCGGCUCGACUGCUCCUACACGGGGCCGCCCAUCGUCCCGACCGUCAACGACUGGGACGCAGACGUGGACUUCGUGGACAUGCCCGGCGACAUCAUCGCGGAGUACAACCGGCUGCUCGACUACCCCUACGUCGACUCGGUGUCGUACACGCGAUGCACGAUGGAGACCCCGGCGCCGCUCGGCGAGUCGUACAACCUCACCAUGGACGGGAUCGCGAGCCCGACGGCGCUGCUCAGCUUCCUCGUGGCGGUGCGGGGCCACUAUUCGUGCAGCGUGGCGUCGUUCACGAAUUGCGACGGGCUGCGCUCCGACAUUCUGCUCAUGCUCGCGAUGCCGCCGCCACACGCGAACGUCUGGCUGUGCCCGCACCUGAGGAGUCUCAGCAUCGAAGGAUGCACGCAUUUUAGCAGCUCGGACUUGCGGGUGUUCCUUCAGUGGCGACGCAGCGUGCACGCGGCGUCGGGAUUCGUGGAGGACGGGCACCCGGCAUUCAUGGUAGCUUCGAUCACGGAACUCGACGUAGAGGAUUGCUGCGAACUUGCGCCGGAGGACAAGCAGUGGUUCGAUGAGAAUCUUGAAAGUGUCCGCUGGGAUGACUGGACAGGAGGGACGGGCUAUACGUUCUAGAGGUCGUGGUGCUUGAGCACUGUCGAGCAUGAUCGCUAA